AUGGAAACAAAUGAGGGUAACUAUGGAAACAAGGCCAAUUUGCACUUGUCACUCCUCCUCCUACAGCACAACACAACCAGUCACCAAAAGAGGAACCUGCAUCAGCAGAUCGGUCUUCAGCUGCUUCACACAGGAGACAGACGUACAGAUCUUUCUUAUCCCUUCAGGAGUGCAGGAAAAAAAGAAGAAGCAAGAAACAUGGAACCCAAAAAGUCUCCAACAGAAGGAUUGCAUCCUUUACUUCCGCUGCAGGAGGAUCCUCCACAGUACUCCAGUCAUGGAUUUCCUCCAUCUCAGAUCUAUCCCAGCACUUCAGGUCAACCUGCCCAGCAGUAUGGAGCUCCGGCAGCACCGGGCCAAUGCAUCCAAGGGUCAUAUCCAGGGCAGACUGUGGUCACUGUGCAGCCUCCAGUUAAUGUGUCCUUCACUCCACUGGCCAAUCCACUGCCAGAUCACAUGUGCUAUUCCAUCUUUACCAUGCUGUGCUGCUGCUUACCUCUGGGAUCGGCUGCUCUUGUUUACUCCAUCACAACUCGAGAUGCUAACACGUUUGGACACCAACCAAUAGCAAGCAGAAACUCCAGAAUGGCUCGCAUCCUUAACCAUGCCAGUGUUGGUGUUGGCCUCUUCAUCUGGUUGAUUACUGUCAUCCAUAUCAUUAAUUUUGUCAAUACAGUUAACUCUUACCGAUAUAGACCAUAAGUGUCAGAAAUAUCAUGGUAGGACACCUGAAAGUUAUAGUUGAUGAGGGUUUUACAAACAUUAACACAUAAUGCUUUCGUAGUCUGCUUUUAAAUGUUUUAGUGUUGCUCAAGUUAUUGAUAUGAGAGCUGUAAGACUCCAAAUGCGUAAGGAGCUCCAUCUAUAGGGCCAGAGAGGAAUGAUUCAGUAUGUUUCAUGUAACUAACUUGUGUGCCUUAUUAUUUACAUAACUGAACACAUGGUUUUUAAAAGUUCAUUAUUGUAUUUUUAAAACAAUGAAAAUGAAAGCUUUGACUGUAAACGUAUCAUCAAUUAAAAUAGUUGUUUUUCUCCUUGUCUUAA